GAUGGUCAUUCAUUACUUUUUCUUUUGAAUCUGAAAUUAUGAAGUUUCUAUGUACUUCAUUUACUUUAGAACAAAAUUGGUGUUUAAGGACAAAUAAGGAUGAAUUUUAUUCACUUUUAUAUAUAUACUCUGUGGGGAAAGUAUAAACUUCUUUUCUGAAUUUCUGUUUUUCUUAUAAUCUUUUACUUGAAACCAUGAAUAUCCAUGAUGGUCUGUUACUUCCAUUCCCUUACUCAAAUGUUGCAGCAAUCAACUUUUCUUAACAUUUCAUUGAUGUUAUUUCAAUUUUCAGCCUGGAGUAUAAUAUAGUAAAUUCAUCACAAUUCAUGUUUUUAUUUAAACACAUAUAUAUUUUAGGACAUCAAAGUGCAGGAGAUGAUUUUGGAGUAUAUGAAUUUAUUGAAUAUACAAGUUCUAGAGGAACUCCAUGGCCACCAAGACGGCGUGGUGCUGCUGACUCUGAUGUUGGGCAGAGUCAGAAUACUGUUACAAUUUAUGAUGUUGUCCAGCAUGUUCCUGAACAAAAUGAAGAACAACAGAUGAUGCAUGAAAAGAAAAGUGGAAGCCAAAUUAUUACAUCUGUUUCUGUAGAAAACCAACAAUUACCUGCAGGAAAAAAAAAUGAUAUAAAUACAAAUGCCACCCAAAGUUAAAAAGCAAAACAUUUUCUCAUGGACUGCAUUCUAAUAGAAAUAGCUUAUAAUUACUGCAAGACUAUUAAUGUUAUCGCUCCAAAGCUAGAGCAAAAUGUUAAUGUGUGACAUGGUGUUUAAAUAUUUUAUUUUAGAAUGGGGGGAUUGCCCAUUUUGCCUAAAGAGAUUGGCAGUUUCAUUAUUUGUUUAAUGCAAUAAUUGUUCCUUAUUGUUUUGCGUAAGCCUCUACUUUCUAAAAAGGGAAAAGUGGUAUGCUAGCAAUACUAACUGCAGUAUUUUAUUUAAUAAAUUCUGAUUUUUUUUUAACACCAGCACCAACUAAGGAUUUACCUGCCAUUAAAUAAUAUCCAGAAAGUCAACUGAUACAGUUCAUAUUGUAAAUAGUAUACUUUUCUAUAUCUAGCAUUUAAUGCACAGAGUAUAAAUAUAGUACUACCAGCAGUGACUAGAGUCAGCAUAAAAUAUGAAGGAGAAAUAUGUUAUGAUCAUCAUUCUCAAAUUUCCUGCAAUCUCAGCUACCAUGUUUUCUACGAAGACCUAUCCCAAAAAUAAGCUCUAACUGUGAUUUUUAUCCGUGCGCCCAAUAUAAGCCCUAUCUCCAAAAUAAGCCCUGGUUAUGACCCGGCCACUUGGGUACACGGGGUGGGACAAGGCACAUGGGUAAAAAUCAAGCUAUUGGGUGUGGAGCUGCCCUACUUAUCUUCAGGCAGUUGCAACCAGGCCUCAUAUUCCCUGACAUUUGCCUUGUCAGCUAACUUCUUCUGCAGCCGCUUGCCACUGCUCAUGCAUGUCACCCCAGCCUCAGUUUCAUUGUCAGAGGCCUUCAGGAAAGGUCCCUCUAGCUGAGAAACUAGCUUGACAUGUAUGCCGCUGAAAGGUCUCUGAUGGCGAAACGGAAGCCAGGGGGCACUGCACUUUUCGACUGCAGAGUCCUUUCCUGAGGGCCUCUGAUGGCAAACAGAGGGCCGGGUGAUACGCACAUGCAGUGACAAGUGGCCACAGAAGUGGGCCAGCAGCUAGCUCUCCUGCUGGGUGGGGCCGCUGCUACAAGGCGAAUCACUGAGAAACAUUUCCCCAAAAUAAGACCUGGAGCCUUUUUUGAUGGCAAUAUAUAUAUAUAUUC